UUCAGGGUCUAAAGUAGAAUCAAAACCUUUAAGGGAUGAGAUUAAAGCCAGGAAAAAAAAUCGAAUCCUGUUAUUUGGGAGGAGCAACUUUCUCCCAAGGUUUCCUCCGCUUAUAGUCACCUGGGCAGUGUAAACAUGGAGGAGAGACCGAGUAGAGACGACAGCUCGCUCAACUCCGAAAAUGACGACUACGAGGCCACAAACGCGAUUGAGGCCGAUGGUGUCCUAGACGACAAGCUCCUCGAUGCCGUCACGCCACGAAUCUCAGUCCUAGACGAGUCGGUAGAAGAGGAGGACCAUCCAGUGAAAAGGACUUUUUGUACUCGAUGUCGCACCAUUUCUUCUAGUUUCCUGUCAACCUCCUAUGUCUCAGGGAGCGAGAAUUUAUCCGGCAUAGAGAGGCUCCAGCAACCGAGGAAUUCUCAGACGCGUUUCCUAGGCGACCAAGGACAUCCUGUGUCAGCUGGAGACUCCCUUGAGGAUAGUGAUGAUGUUCCUCUGUUGCGUGUAAGUCACUUUGGGGAUGAAGAUGGAGCCGAGAACGGGCAUGCAGGCUUGGGGCCAACGACAGCAGCGGCUGCCGAUCACUGUCACAUGCCCCGAGCUAGUCAGCGAGCCUCUGGACGUGCCAUGACACAGCUCAUGUUAGCAUGCUGCUUGACUACAAUAUUUAUGAUUGCUGAGGCUGUGGGGGGCUACCUGGCCAGCAGCAUAGCCAUCAUGUCAGACGCAGCCCACCUCUUCAGCGACCUUACGUCUUUCAUCGUCUCACUUGCUGCCAUCUACCUUUCUCGUCAGCCAGCCUCAAAAAAUAUGAGUUUUGGGUACUACAGAGCAGAGGUGUUGGGUGCAGUGGUGAGUGUCCUCAUUAUCUGGGUCAUUACUGGUAUCCUGGUGUUUGCCGCAGUCCAGAGAGUCAUCUCAAUGGAUUUCGAAGUCGAGGCAGACACUAUGAUCAUUGUCUCGGCUCUGGGUGUCGUCAUUAACAUCAUCCUCGGCAUAGUCCUCCACAUGGGGCAGGGGGGACAUGGCCAUAGUCACGGAGGUCUUGGUGGCCAUGGUCACAGUCAUGGGCGCAGACCCAGCAGAGCCCAAGGAAACGAACCACAAUCUAGCAACAUCAACGUCAGAGCAGCUUUCAUUCAUGUUUUGGGAGACCUGAUUCAGAGUAUAGGCGUGUUGAUAGCUGCAUACGUUAUUAGAUAUUAUCCACAGUACAAGAUUGCUGACCCCAUAUGCACCUUCAUCUUCUCCGUCCUGGUGAUCAUCACAACUCUCCCCAUCCUGAAGGACCUAACUCAUGUCCUGAUGGAGGGCACGCCACAGGGAGUUGACUACGCAUCAGUGUCAGCGAACCUCACAGCCCUUCCUGGAGUAAAGAUGGUUCACUCCCUCAAUGUGUGGGCACUUACCCUUGAUAAGAAUGCAUGUGCAGUGCAUAUAGCUAUUAGUGGAGACACGGAUCCAGAGACAGUGUUGCAGGCUGCCCAGAGGGUUAUUCGAACCCGCCAUCACAUCUACCACACAACCAUCCAAGUAGAGCGUUACCAACCACAACUGAUGGACAAUUGUCAGCAGUGUCAGCCACUCUCUAGGUGAGGUGAGGGACAUCACGACCACCACCAUCACAGCAAACACCAGAGAGGAAAGAAGAUUAAUAAAGAAGAGCAUGAAUGAGCUGUGUUGUCAUCAGUGUCGUUGGAGUCAACAAGGUUUGUGUUAAAAUGCCUGGGUUAGAGGUAUUCUGUAACUGGAAAGCCUUCGUGUGUGCAUAGACAAUUCAUGACGACAAUCUGAUGGUAACAUAUCAUGGCAAUAAUGAAUGGAUUUACUGAUUUUUUCUUGUGUCUAUUCUUAAACCCUUCCACUUGUAAAUGUAACUGCAGAAACUGAAAUUUUUCAAUAGAUUGUUAUAUAUGCAAGACAAUCUUAAAACUCAGUUUCCUUUAUUGAAAGCUGAAAUUCAGUUGAGCCAAACUAGUAUAUUUUUCCAUUGAAUUAUAAUUUGAACACUUAUGCACACAGGAAGUCCAAUGAAAUUCCCUUAGAAGUAUAUAUUCAUGCAUAUUUUGAAAGGUUCAUCUACAGUGGAAUAUACACGUAUCAAAACAGAAAGGGAUUUGAGUCAGAAUAGAAGACAAUAACCAGUAUUAGAAGAGAGAGUUUCUUUUAUGUCUUUAAUCAGAGCAUAAUGCAGGGUCUAAACUAGGUUUUAGUUCCCCCACAGAUAUGAAAUGAUAAUAAGUUUUGGAUGGCUGUUUAAGGUGUUGUCUAAAGUUAUUCUCAGUCAAAGAAUUAAUGAGUUCAAGUAGAGUAUCACUUUAACAAAUUGGGAUAGAUUUCUUUUCCUUCGGUAAAUGCAUCAAUGUCUGCAGCAGCAUUGCACAUUAUAGGGCAUGUGUCGUUCCUGAAGUUUGAAGAAGUAGCCUCAAGAAUCACUUUCAUUUGCAAAAAAAAAAAAAGCCCCCCCCCCCCUAUCUUUGACUAUUUUUUAACGUGUACUGAAAUGCAUUUGAUGAAUGUGAUUUGAUUGUAGACAUUGUCAGACUCAUAAGUGAGGAGGAAAGAUUAGAAUAGUUGUAUUAUUAACAUUAACAUAUAAAAAAUGUGCAACCUUUACUUUAUUGUAUAUGAGAUGUAUUAGUUCAUCAGUACAACUGGAGAGCUAGGAUUAAUUUGAUAUGACAUGGAUUUUUCAUUACUCAUCAUUAUAUAUGUGUCGGUAGUGUUAUAACAUGAACAAAUGUAACUAUUAUUAUGCAUGACUGACAACAUAGUAUUUGGAAGUGAGGCCUUAAUUCUUUAGAACUUAAAGCUUAUCAAUAUUGUAUACUGGAAUAUUAUUUUUUAAAUUGCAUAUAAAUUGCAUGUCUGUGGUGAUGCAUAUCAAAAAAUAAUGCAUAGC